AUGGCCGCAAUUGGAAUGUGCGAAACGCCCGGCUGUAAGUCAAUUGCACAACUACAGUGUCCAACAUGUAUAAAACUUGGGGUGCAGGGAUCGUUCUUCUGCAAUCAGGAAUGUUUCAAGAAGUCGUGGAAGUCUCACAAACUAAUCCAUUCGUUGGCGAAAGGUGAAAAGACUGAUGUAUCUGGUAUUGAGUUUAAUCCUUGGCCAUCUUACAACUUCACGGGGAAGUUGAGGCCGUUUCCUCCGGGUCCAAAGCGCACUGUUCCCAGUCAUAUAGGGCGGCCUGAUUAUGCCGACCAUCCAACCGGGUUCCCGGCGUCCGAAAAUGCUGCUAAAGGCUCCGGACAAAUCAAAGUGCUAGAUGAUGAAGAGAUAGAAGGAAUGAGGGUUGCCUGUCGCCUCGGAAGAGAAGUUUUAGACGAAGCUGCAAGAGUCUGCGAUGUUGGUGUCACAACUGAUGAGAUCGACAGAGUUGUGCACGAAGCAUGUAUUGAAAGAGAAUGCUAUCCAAGUCCUCUGAAUUAUCACAACUUCCCGAACAGCUGUUGUACUUCAGUAAAUGAAGUCAUAUGCCAUGGAAUUCCUGAUUUGCGCCCAUUGGAGGAUGGCGAUUUAUGCAAUGUAGAUGUAACAGUAUAUCACAGGGGCUUCCACGGUGACUUAAAUGAAACCUUUUUUGUUGGUAAUGUACCGGAAACAUCUCGAAAACUGGUACAAGUAACUUAUGAAUGUUUACAAAAAGCUAUAGAAAUUGUCAAGCCCGGAGAGAAGUAUAGAGAAAUUGGUAAUGUCAUUCAGAAACAUGCUCAAGCUAAUGGCUUCAGUGUAGUAAGGUCAUAUUGUGGGCACGGUAUACAUAGAUUGUUCCAUACAGCACCAAAUGUACCUCAUUAUGCAAAGAAUAAAGCUGUGGGUGUUAUGAAGCCAGGGCACUGUUUCACUAUUGAGCCGAUGAUUAAUGAGGGAGCAUGGAGGGAUGAACAGUGGCCAGACAAUUGGACAGCAGUUACCGCUGAUGGAUCAAGAUCUGCUCAGUUUGAACAAACUCUGUUGGUAACUGAGACUGGGUGUGACAUACUAACAAAACGAGGCGUCGGCUAUCCAUGGUUCAUGGACCAAUUAAAAAAACUACAAUAG